AUGAAGACUAUUUCAAUAUAUUUAAAUCAAAAUAAUAAUGGAAUUAAUCAAUCGAUAACAACAAAAACUUUACAUAGAAAUUUUAAAUAUUAUCAAAAUUAUGAUCUAGCUGCUGGUGAUAUUAAUAGAAAUGCGACUAUAUCUCAAAUCGAACAUGAACGAAAUAUAUGUGAAGAAGAAUUAUAUAGAUUACGUUAUGGAAUUGAAAAUUUAUUAGCUAAUAAAGAACAGCGUGAUUUUAAAAUACGACAACAAAAAAAUUUAACGAAUAUAAAAUAUCCAUUUCGGACAACGACGACUAAUAUAAACAAUUUAAAUAAUAAAAUUACCAGUUGGAUAGACCGAUGUACUCCUUGUUGUCGUCGUUGGAGACGAAAUAGACGUCAUAAUAAUAUUAUUAAUCCCAAUGGGUAUUCUCGUCGUCAGAUUUAUAAUGAUCAAAAUUAUGAUAAUGCUUCACAUAGAACUUCAAAAUCUUCACAACUUUAUAGUGAUUCAUUUAUUUCUACAUCACCAUCAAUAUCAUCACGUUAUACUGAUCCGAAUAGACGUCAAAAAAAGCGUAGUUUAAAACGAAGUAUUCGUAAAUUAAUAAAUCGUAUGACACCUAAUAAAAUGAAUGUUUCAAAUCUAUUAAAAUCGAAUAAUAUUAAUGAUCCUCUAUACAAUUCAUUAAUUCUUAAAAUACUUGAAGCAAAAGCAUUAGAUUGUCUUUGUACCGGAUAUUCAAAAGAAAAUACACGAAAACAAAUUUCAAAAGCAUUAAAUGAAAUGAAUCAAAGAAUUGGUGAACAACAAUUGAAUUCUAUAAGUGCUAUAUCAUCACCUUCUAGUAGUAAAUCAUCAAUAUUAACUUAUGAUAAAUUUCCUUCCUCUCCAUUUAAUACAACACAACCAUCGAAUGAAGAAAUAAGUUCUCUAUCAUCAUCAACUGAUACUGACAAACAAAAAAUUAAAAGCUCAUUGAAAUUAAAUGAAAACAUAAAAUUACCAAAGAAAAAAUCCAAAGUAACUAUUGUUAGCGAUAAAACAUCACAAUCAAAAAAUUCCAAAAAAACGAAAAGACCAUCUUCAAAACAUAGAAAAAAAAAUAAACAAAGUUCAAAACAAAAACGUAAACCAACUAAUACAGCAAAAAAACGAAGCAAAUCUCAAACUUCAAAUAAAAAACGAAACAAAUCUCGAACGUCAGAUAGAAAACGAAAUUCAUCUAAAUUAAAAAAAAAAGGUUCAUCAAAAUCUUCAUCAAGAAGUGGAAGUAACAAAAAACGACAAACAAAAACUAAACGACAUAGUAAACAGAAACAAACAAAACCAAAAUCAAAUAAUCAGAUGAAUGAUCAUGAAACAGUUAUGUUACCAAUAUUCAUGUAUCCUCAAUCAUAUCAAGAAUUUGAUUGCAUGGCAACAGAAGGAUCUAAUUAUUGUUAUAAUAUAUGUUGUGAGUUUCCUAUUCGAUCUCGUGUAAAAAUUUUCAUUAUUCGAUCAAUAAUUAUUUGGUGGAAUAAUUUUUCCAUAAUGCGUUUAUUAUCAAUUUUCUCCCUCUUCAUCUUUUGUUUAUCUUUAUUGAUGAUUAAUGGUGAGGUUGACUACAAUGUUGACUCAGGUCUCAAUGGAUGUGAAGACGCUUGUAGAGCAGCAUGCUUAGCACAUUGUCCUAAAGGAGGAUGUGAACACCCUGGUCCAACUUAUUCUUGGUCAUCAGGUAUAUGUUAUGGUUGUAAUUGUCCUGUUUUUCAUCCGGAUGAUGAACAUUGGUAA